GCCGAUGCGAAUCGGUGGAAAUCUCUCUUGUUCUCCUUGGAUCACAUGUCCUUCACAUCCUGAGCUCUUUUAGCAAAGCAUCUCACUAUGGCAGCUCAGGUCACUGAAUCAGACCAGAUCAAACAGUUCAAAGAAUUCCUGGGCACCUACAACAAACUAACAGAAAACUGUUUCAUGGACUGUGUUAAAGAUUUCACAACAAGAGAAGUCAAACCAGAGGAGACCACAUGCUCUGAGAGCUGCUUACAAAAGUAUCUGAAGAUGACACAGAGGAUCUCCAUGCGCUUCCAGGAGUACCACAUCCAGCAGAAUGAGGCAUUGGCUGCUAAAGCUGGCUUGUUGGCACAACCCCGAUAAUCAUAGGCCGUUUGUAUGGACUCCAAACCAUUACACCACGCUCUCUCUAUUCCAGUGUGGAGAAGGGCUCGCCAAAGUGGACCAGAGGAAGGCAGAGGAUGUCACACAGGUGACAGCGUGAGACGUCUUCUGAUCUCUGUCGGCUCACGGAUAACUAGAUUGUUAGGAUGUUGUUUCUCUGAAGGACAGAUACGGUAGCUUUGACCAAAAUGCUGGUCUUAAGCAAAACACGAAAGAUAUUGUUUGUUUUUAUUGUAGCAUGAUACAUAAUAAAACUUAAAAUGGUCAACUCUA